GAACGCGCCGCCGAGCAACACCACGCGAAUUCUCUAUCCCGCACUCUCCUUUUGCUUUCUUCUCCCUUCGAGUAACGGUACUGUGUGUGGAUUGUGGAUUGCCGAUUAAUCGAUCGCUUUCUCGCCCGCUUUGAUUAUUUUAUCAUCGAUCGCUGGAUGUAUUUUUUUGUUGUUGAGUGUCGAAGUGAAAUGGAAUUUGUUGAAUUUUAAUUGCACGCAGCACGCUGCCGGCGAAAACAACAGCAAAAUUAGCGGGCAGAUUUCAUUCAACCUGAGAUAAAACAACAAUUACAACAACAACGCCGAGGAGCUGCCGGAGAAAAUAGCUGAUAAAUAGACAAUAAUAAAUAUAUAAUACAAACAAAGGCCACAUACGCCGCUUCAAUUAGCCUUGUCAAUGAACCAGUGACUUCACCAUCGUCCUAACCCAAUCAACUUAGCUAAGCAGAAAUGAUAGAGACCAGUAAUCAGCAGUCAGGAGGAGUCGACUUCAAUGGCCGCCACUCAGCAUCGCCGGCCCGAACCAUAGACUCGCAUGAUUCCACCACGGGCAGCAUGGACACCAUUGUGGAUCGCAGCUUGAAUCGCGAGGAACUCCACCAGGUGGCGACCACCAUCGAGCAAAGCACAAAUACCACGAACACGACGGGAUCAGAAAGUCUGACCAACUCGCAAAUUGGCAUGUUACAAAGGGACGAAGAGCGGAAACAGCAGGAGGAUCAGGAGCAGGCACGCCAGGAUGCCCAGAGUCACAUUUAUUCGAGUCCAGUCUACGAUGAGAAGCCGCCGGCAAUGAAACUACUUUCCGCAGCCCUAGACCUGGACACGGAAAAGGCCAAGGCCAGGAUUGACGAGGAUAAUAAGCCUAAGAUGAUUUCGCACCAGGAAUUCAAACAACAGCUGGAGGAGGCUAUGGUCUCGCGGCAUCCCAACCAGCUGAACGCGACCAAGAGUGCGGCUAACACUUUGGACUCCAGGAUCAGCCGGAAACAGCGCUGUCCGCCGGACUUCAUCAAGUACAAGGAGGGCAGCGAGGGCGGGUGCAGUGCCUCCUCGUCGCUUUCAAAGGACCGGCGCAAGCGGAAGGCGAGUAAUGAAUGUUGCUCGGCAUUUCCACUGCAAAUAGUGCUGGGCACUCUCCAGUUGCUCCUGGCCAUUUCCCUGGUGGCCCUGGGAUCGCUCCUAAUUGUCCGGGAGGCAGCCCUCUCUACGGCGGGAUGCGGCGUCUGGACGGGACUAAUAGCCGCCGUUACGGGUUCCCUUGGAGUGGUGAGCAUGCGCAAAACGCAGACGGCCUUUUUGGCUCUUAGUUUGGUCUGCAUCGCUAGCAGCACAUUGGCCCUGGCCAUUUCCGGCGUAGGUUUGUCCAGGGAUCUCAAUAGGAUGGCGGAGCAAAAAGGGGAACAGUUCGAUUUAAUCAAUGCCAACAGCGAGGUCUCCGCCGCCUGCGGUCUAAUUUUCGCCCUUUUUCUGCACUUCGUGGUUAGUAUUGUCUCCGUCUAUAGAUGUGCCCUCCAGAUUUGCACCAAGUCGGAGCACAGUGAGCUGCGUGACGUCAUCAUCAAAACGAAUGCUUCGGGAAUUGCUUUGGACCAACAAAAGGUGGAUCAGUAUAUUAAGGCAAUGUCUUUGAAUGGGACUGAGAAGGUGAACAGCGAGAAGCUUGCGGCCAUGUGGAUGUAUGCCACCCAAAUGGGAACUUUGCCGCCACCCUCGGUUCGUAAAUUGACACCCCCUUCGAGGCAGAUCAUGCUGAUUCCCUCCACCGCUGGCAGUGGGAUAGCACCACCGCCACCCACACGCCUGCCUCCUCCGCCGCCGGGUGUCGGAGCUGGACUUUUGCUGCCGGUUCCUCCGCUGCCGCCCCAUUACCGUGGGAUGACUCUUCCUUACAUGCGGCCCGGUCCGGGAUCCGUGCUCUACGCCCAUCCGGCCAGCUUGAGCGGCACAUAUCGGACCCACAAGAGCACCAAGUCGGCGGAGAUCAACGGGCAACGAAGGCGCCGGCGGGCGGGAAAAUCGGAUGCGAAUCGCCGGCAGCGCCGCAAAUCAGAGGCCGAUGUCCUGGACGGAGCACCCAAUUUCCAAUAUACUGGUCUGGAUCGAGCCAUAGCCGAUAGCUUCUUGGCUAGGCAGGAACAGUCGCAGGCGGGCAGUCACAUCGACUAUUCGUCGUCAGCCUCCUCGGACUUGUACGGCGGUCAGAGGGCUUCCUCCAAAACGAAGAUCGUCUGCCGGGAUGUGGUAAUGUGAAGGGGAGAUGAGCCUCAAUACAAAUCCGCAUUUCCCUGACUUUUGUACAUAUUCUUUUCGCGGAGCCUUUCUUCAAGUGGCUUCAACAGAAAAAUUACACAUUUUUUUAGUCCUAUCCAUAACUCUAUAUCUAUAUAUAUAUAUAUGCGUAUUAAUUGUAAGAACCUAAUGAAUCGAAUAAAUUUAUGUAUAUUAAACGAAA